AAUUUGUGAAUUUCCCUCGCAUAUAAGCUGUCUGUAAUAAUGUUGCUCCCUUAUCUAUAAGAAAAUAAUUAGAAUAAAUAAUUUUUUCUUAUAUUUCCAGACAAAAUGCUGUCCGGAUGACUUCUUCAGCCUCUGGACAACGAAUCCGGACAGUUGGUAGCCUAAAAGAAUCUGAAAUGGUAUUUGAACCAAAAUUUUAUAAUGGCUUGUCCAGAUAAUAUUGUACUGUAACUGUCGUUACAAAAAAAAAGUAUUUUACAUUAUCGAUCAUUUUAAUUUCUGGCCAUUGCAAUCAAAAUUUAGUCUGGAAAUUUUUCUAAAUUUAAAUUAGUAUUUCAUAAGUUCAUUACUUUUAUAAACCAUCUGUUAACUUGCGGAAAAAAAUGAAAUCGCAAAUGAAGUUUGCAGGUGAGAUUGAAAGGUGUUUAAAAAAAGUUAGUGAAGGAGUGGAGACGUUUGAAGACAUUUGGCAGAAGGUUCACAAUGCAACAAAUAGUAAUCAGAAGGAGAAAUAUGAAGCUGAUCUCAAAAAAGAAAUUAAAAAGCUACAAAGGUUACGAGAUCAAAUUAAAACGUGGGUAGCAUCAAGUGACAUUAAAGAUAAAAGAAUGCUAGUGGAAAACAGGAAACUGAUAGAGACACAAAUGGAAAGGUUUAAAGUUGUUGAAAGGGAAACAAAAACCAAAGCAUACUCCAAAGAAGGUUUGGGAGCUGCACAAAAACUUGAUCCUGCUCAGAGAGAAAAAGACGAAAUUACAAACUGGUUAGCAUCAUCAAUAGAAUCUCUCAAUAUUCAAAUGGAUCAGUUUGAAAGUGAAAUUGAAUCCUUAAUGGUUGGCUUAAAGAAGAAGAAAAAUGAUAAGGAGAAGCAGGAGAGGAUAGAAGAAUUAAAAGCUUGGUUAGAAAAACAUCGGUAUCAUAUAAAACAGCUAGAAACAUUGAUGCGAAUGCUUGAUAAUAGUACUGUAGAAGUCGAUCAAAUUAAGAAAAUAAAAGAUGAUGUUGAGUAUUAUAUUGAAUCAUCACAGGAACCUGAUUUUGAAGAAAAUGAAUUUAUCUAUGAUGAUUUAGCUUUGGAAGCUAUGCAGGAAUAUUUAGCGAAAAAUUACACUCAGUAUGAACUUGAGACUGGCAAUAUGGGUGAUGAUGAACACUCCAAUACGCCUACUUCUACAAACUCCAGUUCUCCUGCACCUAGUCCAGGAUUGACAAAUCAUUCCAAGGCAAAUGAGGACCAGAGUGGACAGCCUGUAAAACCUGUGCCAAUUAGAGCACAUAGUUCCUCAAGCUCAACCUCAGGCACAACUCAAAGCCCUAAAGCAGCACCACCUACAUCUUCCAGGAAUAACAGCAGUUCUACUCAGAGCAGUAGCAGCAGUUCACCUUCUCUGAAUUCUCAUAAUAAUCAUUCGGUUAUUUCUCCAACACCACCAACAACACCUUAUGCAGUUGCAGCUGCUGCCUCCCAGAACAGUAAUUUAAAUAAAUCCAUAGCAGAGGAAAUGCAUAGCAGUCUAUAUCAAGUUUGGGAGAGAGCUGACUUUUCAUUAAGUGGAACAACAAAAGAAGCCUGCCAAUGGGAAGUUUAUCCAGAAAAUAACAAUAAAACCAAUUCAAUAGAUGCAGUUUCGACGAACAGCAGUAUACCAAUCAACUCAUCUCAUUCUUCAUCAAGCUCAACUUCUGUUAGUACAUCUUUUAGCACCAUGCUCAUGAAUCAGACUCCUGUAUCAACUGUUCUCAGUCAAAUUCAACCAUUGUCCUGUGUGUAUAGUUUAUCAACUACGAAUAGCAAUCAAUCGUUGGCAGCUAAUACGGACAGUGUACUUUCCUCCAGUACAACAGGACCUACAAGUGGGACAACGUUAUAUAGUGCUGCAGCCUCUGCAUCUGUUCAAUUGUCAGUUCUAUCUGUAUCUACCAAUAAUCCCUCAGUACCAUCCAGUGGACCUCAAUCAUCGUCCAACACACUUCUCAUGAAUGGACCAGUUACAUCCAAGAUUCAGCCUGAAGAAUCCAUGUCUUCUUUAAAAUCUAUGGCCCAACAAGCAGUACUCAAUGCAGGUCUUGAGAACAGAUUGCCUCCAUCACAGUCACUGCCUUCUUCAGAUGGAGGUAUUUUUAAUCAUAUUCUGCACAAUGCCUUUGAAAAAAGAUUAUAUGAAAACAAUAGUAGUUCUUUAAGCUUGCAAGGAAAAGUUGUUCAACCUCCAUCAGUUACCCCCACCACUCUGACAACGGAAGCACACAUACCUCCAUUACUUGGUGUAGCCCCUCUUGGACCAGUACCCCUGACCAAAGAAUGUUUAUAUCAGUUACGAAUGGUAGAAAAUUCAGCACGUCACAUGCCACAUCCUUCAGACUCUGAGAGGUUUAGGCCUUACCUUCCUCGGAAUCUUUGUCCCGUGCCCCCUUACUAUCCCCAGGGCUUACCACAUUGUGAUGCUGUGGAGUUCUUCCAGCGGCUCUCUACAGAGACAUUGUUUUUUAUUUUUUAUUACAUGGAGGGUACAAAAGCACAAUAUCUAUCAGCGAAAGCAUUGAAAAAACAAUCAUGGAGGUUCCAUACGAAAUAUAUGAUGUGGUUCCAAAGGCAUGAAGAACCAAAAACAAUCACAGAUGAAUAUGAACAGGGCACAUACAUAUACUUCGAUUAUGAGAAGUGGGGCCAAAGAAAAAAAGAAGGGUUUACAUUUGAGUAUCGGUACUUAGAAGAUCGAGAUUUGAACUGAUGUUAUAUAUCUUGGUUAAGGAAUCUUGUACAACUCUCCCUCUUAUUCUUGGAACAACAACCAAAAGUAACAGCUGACUGACAGCUAUGGCAGUCCUAGGAGAUCUAGUGAGUUGCAGGUCAACCGAAAAGCCUGACUUCUGCAAUCAGAGCUGGUUUUAACUGCCUUUGUGUCCUGAAUCUAUCAGCAACUGAAGACAGAUGACUAGCAGGCUUUUCUUGUCCUAUAGCAUUUUUGGAUUUGUGCACAAAAUGUAAAACCAAAAUUUACUGUGCAUCAGUUCUGUAUAAUUAUAGAAUGCAGUCCAUGGUGUGCAGCUGUAGUAUGGGACUGGGUUUGAUAUUGAUUUCUGUUAUAGUUUGAACUAUUAAAGACUUAUCACAUGAACGGGAAGUACUCUCAGGAGUUAGGUCCUGCAAUGCAGUUCUCACAGCAUCCUGUUUAUAAUACCAUAAUAUGGUCUAUUUAAUGGAAGGUCGGCUGUGGGGCAGUUGUUUCUGCCUUGUAUAAGUUAAAGUUUGUAUUAUUUUGUAACCAUUGUCAUCAGAAACAUUUUGCCUUGAAUUCAGCUGGAAAUUUGGUUGCUAGUGUGUAUACUCAUUGUAAAUACACUCCUCCAUGAGAGUUGUGCAGAACUCACUGUCCAUGUCCACCUUUAUCAUCUGGCUGUUGGUCAGUCAGAAUGGUUCUAGAAGUUUGGAAUGAUGCUUAGUUUCCCCUAUGGCUACUUAAUUCUAUUAAAUGGCCCAAAAUUUUUGCUCGCCAUCUCCCUGCUGGACAGAGGCAGUUGUGUGAGCAAGCUAUCAUUGCUUAUACUUAAAAAAAUUAGUGACAUUUAGUAUUUUAGUGACUUUAGAUUUCUUUAUUACUAAAAAUUGUUAUUUCAGUUUAAAUUUAGUCUUGCCAAAACUGAUUUUCUUUCUACUGUACAAUCUUAUAUGUGAUGUGUUUUAUCAGGAAGACUUUUGCAUUAUAUUUUCACAAGAAUCAGUAAAGACAAACUUGUUUCUAUCUGAGAAUUGACUGGCCACUGUCACAGUUAAAAGAGUAUUCAUUGUUCUUAAAUGUUUACUGUUAAUUAUGAGGGAGAAGAUUCCAGAACAAUUUUUCAAAAAAUGAAAAGAUAAAAAAAAAGUGAAAAAAUCCUGGUCAUUAGUUUCUGCCUAGAACAAGGAGUUGUGUUUUGGUUUUAGUCCUUCUAUACAAUGGCACACUAUCCUUAUUUUUGUACAGCAAGCCCAUCGAUGUUAUGGGGUAUCACUCUCCCGUUUUCUGUCUCAGCCAAGGGUAGAGGUACCCAAUAGAGACGUUGUAAAUAUGUGGAGGGAACCCAUGUUGGGCUUAUAAAGUCCUGCUGAAUAAAGGCAAAAUAAACAAAUCUUUUUUGUCCGUGCAGAAAAA